CCAUAGUUUAUACUUUACAUACAAACAAGACCUCUCAAGUCUCAUUAUUUCCUUCUUCUUCAGGUAACACAGUGGGAGAGCUUAACAUGUCAAGUGUUAACCAAAGGGCUUCAACUAGCAAUGGAGGAGGAGAAGAUGAAGGUGAUGAAACAGUCAUCAGGGAGAUCCACCCCUUGACACCUCCCCGGCCUCUGCUACAGCUGCCACCGCCACCGAACCGGGCUCGCCGGACAGACUCUUGGGAGACUGGUAGCAACAUCUCCGGUGAGAAUUUCACCACUAUGAGUCGAGAAUUCAAUGCUUUAGUACUUGCAGGAUCAACGAUCGCCGGAAAUAAUAGCGAAAACGAAGGCGGUAACGCCGGAAACAACCUUUCUAGGAUUGGAGAGGAUGAUGAUCAUGAAGUUCCUGAGGAAACAAACCCAUUAGCUAUUGUCCCAGAUAAUAGUCUUCCCUUAAACCAUGGUUCUUCUCCUCCUCCAAGGCGUAUUAAUGGGUCUUCUUCUGCAAAUGGUGGUUUCAAUGAAGAGAUAACAACCCUGCAAAUGGUUAAGAAAGAAGAGGUUCAUUCGAAGAUUUCGGCAUGGCAGACGGCCAAGAUCGCCAAGGUCAAUAACAGGUUCAAGAGAGAGGAAUCCAACAUCAAUGGUUGCGAGAGUGAACAUGUCCAAAAGGCUCAAGCUGCUCUGAAGAAAGUUGAGAGGAAGCUAGAGGAGAAAAGGGCCAAAGCUGUAGAGAAAAUGAGAAAUGAGGUGGCAAAGGCACAUAGAAAGGCAGAGGAGAAGAAAGCAUCAGCUGAGGCCAAAAGAGGAACAAAAGUGGCUAAGAUACUUGAGAUAGCUAAUCUGAUGAAGGCCAUUGGAAGGGUUCCCACCAAACGCUCCUUCUUCUAAUGAAGCCCUUCCAAACAUACUCUAUUAUCAUAAAUUUUGAAAAUAUAGUUUUAGAUUGGAGCACCCUUUUUUUUUUUUAACUUUAAAGGGUGCCCUUACCAAUGGUUAGGGUUUUGAUUUUGAAGGGGAAGAAGGAUUUCUUAGCUGAUUGACAUUUUCAUCAAGUCAUCAUGUACAGUGUUUUAUUUUAAUUAAGUAUACUUGUUUGAGUUAAAUUUAGUUUUGUUUAAUUUGCUCCAAGGCUUAGUGUCUCUUGGUUUGUGGCAUCUUUGCCUUGUAAUAUAUAUAUAUAUAUAUAUAUAUAUUUUUUCCUUU